AGGGACAGAGGGAGAGAGGGAGAGGAGAGAGGAGGGCAGGACUGGCAGGGUGCGGUCUGAAGUGGCAACAGAUCGUUUUGGAUCACUCAAAUCCCUUCAAUUCAACUGGAAAGCUGCAGCUUGUUGCGCGCCGGCCGCAUAUGGAGAGGAAAAGCUUUCAAUCCAGAGAGGGCACCAACCAAACAGCAGGCGACAGUGGCUGAUGUUGUGACAGUUUCCACAGAGCAAAAGAAAGAGAGGGAGAGAAACCACAACAGUGCAACUUGGAUAUCAGUAACCACUCUCUCUCUCUUUAACUCUCUCACCCACCAAAUCGACUUUGAACCUGUUUGUUUAAAUACACGGACUUUACAGCCAGCACACUUACUGUUGAUUCUGUAAGGCGGAGGGAGCCGAAGUUUCUCAAUUUGGCUCAAUUUAUUCUGGAGCAACUCAAAAACUUUUUGGUGUCCUCAUGGUGCCUGGUGCAGCCGAUGUGCUGAGAUUCUUUUAUCCGAGUUUUUCGGACGUGAUGUUGCGACUGUUACGGACGAUGGAGUCGGGAACUGAACCGGGGAGGUACUGAAGACAUCUCUCUCCCCCGGGAGAGUCCUCCCUCCCCCCGGGGCGAUGCGGAUCUCCUUUCUCCUUCUCACCGCCUCUCUGUGUGCCUUAGUCCUCCUCCUCGCACCUGCCUCGGAGGGCUGCGGACCGGGGAGGGGGUACGGCAAGAGGCGGCCCCCGAAGAAGCUCAUCCCGCUUGCUUACAAGCAAUUCAGCCCCAACGUUGCCGAGAAGACCCUUGGUGCCAGCGGGAGACCCGAGGGCAAAAUUACGCGCAACUCCGAGCGCUUUAAAGAACUGACGCCGAAUUACAACACAGAUAUUAUCUUCAAAGAUGAGGAGGACACGGGGGCCGACAGGCUCAUGACCCAGCGUUGUAAAGACAAGUUAAACUCUCUGGCCAUCUCUGUGAUGAACAUGUGGCCAGGUGUUAAACUGAGAGUGACAGAAGGCUGGGAUGAGGAUGGCCAUCAUUCAGAGGACUCGCUGCACUAUGAGGGACGUGCUGUGGACAUCACAACCUCAGACAGAGACAGAAAUAAGUAUGCCAUGUUGGCCCGGCUGGCUGUAGAAGCUGGAUUUGACUGGGUCUACUACGAGUCCAAAGCCCACAUUCACUGUAGCGUCAAGUCAGAGCAUUCUGUGGCAGCCAAAACUGGUGGUUGUUUCUCUGGCGACACUCAGGUUAUCCUUGAGGAUGGGGCAACUAAACAGAUGCGUGACCUUCACCCUGGUGACCGUGUUUUGGCUUCUUCAACAGCAGACGGUCACGGCCCUCUUCUCUACAGUACGGUUUUAUCCUUCCUGGACCGCCAGCCCAAUGUCACGAAGAUCUUCUACAUCAUUGGCACCAACACAGGACAUAAUAUUUCUCUCACAGCUGCUCACCUGAUCUUUGUCACAGACUGCACAGGUGGGCUAAGUGAGCCAAAGUGGGAAGAGACAACUGACGAGCCACUUUUGGGCUCUGUACAGGGGAGAAGGCCUAGCCUAGAAGCAGGUCUAACCCCAGUUUUUGCCAGUGAGGUCCGGCAAGGACAGUGUGUACUUACGUCAAAAGGGGAAGUAGGGUCACAGGCAACACUUUCAGUCGUGACCUUUGUGGAAGAGCAGAGGAGCACCGGGUUGUAUGCCCCACUAACCCAGCAUGGGUCUAUAGUGGUGAACGGUGUGCUAGCAUCCUGCUAUGCUGCUGUGGACAAUCACCAUUUGGCCCACUGGGUCCUGGCCCCACUGAGAUUCUUCUACAGCCUGAUGGGACCUUCAGAACAGCAGACUGAGGGUCUACACUGGUACCCUUGGCUUCUACAGAAGCUGGGGCAAAUGCUGCUGGACGCUGGACACCUCCACCCCUGGGGGAUUGAGCAAGGGCAUUGAUAGGAACCACAGAGACAUGUUUCACACUGAUGACUUCAUUCACUUACCUGUAUUCAGGAGCACCAAAACACAGACUGAGGGUCCACCAAAAGCAAUUGAUUUUAUAGUGGAAAUGUGUUUUUACCAACUCUACUUGCCUGUACGUAGUUGCUGUACGUCAACAAACUCCAUUUUGUAGCACUUGUACAACUGUGCGAAAGAUAAAAAGAGGAGACUGAGCAGAUUUGUUUCAUGCUUUUGGUAAUUUUUCAUUAAUUCCAGAAGGUUUGACUGGAAUAUGACACAAAUCUAUAGAAGUGCUGAUCAAAAGAAAUGCUGACAAAAAGUAUCUUCCCUUUUCAAAAUAAGAGUUGAACGUACAUGUCAGUAUUUUUUAAAAUUCCCCUUAGUGCACCUCAGAGCACAAAAAUAGGAACUAUGAUUGAAAAUAAUAGCUUCAAGUAAGACAAUCAGGUUUCAACAUUUCUCUGUACUGUAUUUAUUGUAAUUCCUUUAUGCAUCUUGAGAUCAUGCUGGCAAUUACUGAUAGAGUUAGAAGUAAUUUAAACAUACAAGGACUACUUUGUGACACCUUGUCACAGGCCUGCAAAGUGUCAGGCUUCAGAGUAAAAGUUAAGGUGAACACAUGAAGGAAAAACAGGAGGAAGAAAGACAAGAUGGUGUGAUUUGAAGCUCCAUACGUACAUUAUGUAUUUGUACAGUUUUGAAAUGUGAAGAAGGAAAGAAAGACAACUUUGAGAUGAACUUUGCUGUUUACUGUUAGAAUCAUCACUGCAGUAAAUCCACUGAUUCUUUAUCCUUCUUUGCAGUAUUCUUUACUGUAUAUUAGAAUUAAUUUACGAAAUAAUAUUUAGCUUGACAAUGGGGGAUGAAGUUCUGUGUAUUUACUGAAUGCUUUGUUGGAAAACUGUUGAACGGCAGAGUAUGGCGAUGGACACAAUACUUGUGUUGCUGUUUGUAUACUCACAACUUUACAACAUUUGUGAAGUACUGAUGCAGGAUAGGAUCAUGGGGUUACAAAGGCCACGCUGUCAGUCGUUUUUUUUCCAAGUAUGUCAACUGCUUUCAGUCAACUUGAUUGUCUCAAACUGAUUCAUAUGGUUCAUUUAUACAUCUUCAUGUUUUAUAUUAGUUAUUUUAUUUAAAAAAAGAAAGGGUUUUAAUUUGUGACAUGUUUUUCAAUGUUUCAGGUUUUUAAUUUUCAGGUCAGUUGUAUCUAGUUAAGGCAUACACAACACUCAGGCUGUAUUCAACUACUGUAUUAAGCAAAAGCUAUGCAUCAUAUUAAAUAACAGAUAGUAAAUCUCUUUAAUCUUGAAUAGUAAGUUACUUGAUAGCUCUCCCUUUGCAUGGUCUUUUUCUUAUUCCAUCCAUCACCCAAGACCUAGACUGGAAGAGGUACAGAAAUGUUGGUUUUCAGCACUAUGGGGAGCAGAUGUGGCUGAAAGAAUACGGAUAAACAUGUAGUUCAUAUUGCAGUUCAUAGUGUCCUUCUAGUUGACACUCACUGAGUUUGUGAAGAAGACUCAAACAUUGCAAGUAUCUAGCGAACUCGAGGCUAUCUAUAUGCCUGCUAAAAGAUUUGUCACAUGUGUAUAUUAAGCUAUUGUUGGAGAGACUAUUUAAAGAUCUAUUUUUAGAAAAUAAUGUAAACUAUUAUUAUAUUUCGGCAAC